UAGGUCACUUUACAUUUGGUACACAGAUAGCUUUUUACACCAACAUCCUUCUUGUAUUUAAAAUAGAAGUAAGGUGAAUAAAAAUUUAGGGAUACAUAUUAAAUCACUUUGUUUCUUCAUUUUCAGCACACCCAAAAUAAUGAACAGAAGAAAGGUCAACUUCUUGUUAGUGGUUUUUGUUGUGUCGGUAACUUUACACAUAUAUUUUGACCGUGUUACUGACGUCUUCAACUAUCUGAAAGAUGAGAUUUGUUUUGAAUGGAAAGAAAAAUUUCCUACGGAAUUCACUCAAGUUGCUUCAACUUCAUCCAAGGAAUCAACUCUCGUUUUAUUUUACACAAAAUGUUUUUCCGACAAGUGUGUACCACACUAUCACACUAGCUAUGAAUAUAACCCUAAAUGUAAUUGCAAUUUUAAAAGGUUUGAAUUAAUAUAUAAUCCAGAUAGAUUUUUAGAAAGUGACAUUGUUAUAUUUCAUGGACGAAACAUGCCGUGUUUGCGUACACUCAGGAAACUUCAUAAACAGCGCAAGCCGAAUCAACUGUGGGCGUAUUUCAUCAUGGAGAAUCCUACCUAUCACACCAAAUUGAAAUCAUUCGAAAAAUAUUUUAACAUGUGGAUUAGCUACCGGUUAACUUCAGACGUAUACGUUCCAUAUCGCAGACAUUUCCGACUAAACUCAGCGUCGGCAAUACCCAAACUAAAUUACGCCCUCAACAAAACAAGGCAAGUAGCUUGGCUAGUAAGUUCCUGUGGGAAAUUACGCGAGGAGCUUGCGCACAAACUGAUAAAAUAUGGUAUAAAAAUUGAAGUGGUUGGAAAGUGUGCAAAACAUUUUAAGUUUCAGUUACAAUGUAACAAACAUGAUUGCAAAGAAGAAUUGAAAUCGUUUAAAUUUUAUUUCGCUGCCGAGAACACAUUGUGCGAUGAUUACGUGACUGAAAAAUACUGGCGCAAAGGCUUUGAUUACAACGCAAUACCUAUAGUUUUUGGAGGUGCAAAUUACUCAAAUCCAAAAUUAGUAAUACCUGGCUCAUUUAUUGAUGCAAUGAGUUUUAAUAGUGUCAAGGAUUUAGCAGAGUACAUCAAAGAAGUUGACAAUGAUGAUGAUAAGUUUAAUUCCUACUUUGAGUGGAAGAAAUAUUGGGGUUUUGAACAUCCCAAUGGUUGUGAUCCUUUUUAUCAGCAACUGUGUGAAAGAAUGCACACAAGACGAGACAGAACACUUUCUUCUUACAUAAAUCAUGAUGAGUGUAAAGCAAAGACAAUUUUUUUCAAAUCCUGGAUCAACAGAUAACAUGCACCGUUUGUACUGUUUUGGCCAAAUCUAGACGCACUCUUUUUUGUUUUCAAUUUCUUAAACUUGUAGUUGCAUCAUAUUGAGUAGAAACUUGUCUUUAAUAUAAAUAUUGUUAUUUAGAAGACUUUUUUAUUUUAAUAUAAUUUGGAGAAGAUUUUUUAUGUUUU